AUGCCCCCCGCCGAGAUCCACCCCGACCGCACCUACAUCCACGUCACGACCAACGACCCCAAGGCUAUUGCCAAGUCGCCUUCUCCCGGUGUUGGACUCGAGUACCGUGGCCCUGUUGGAGAGCUCGACGGCGAGCACGUGUUUGAGGUCACCAGCGCGGACGGAUACCUCGCCCCGGACUCGAGGCAGUGGAAGCGCGAGGGCCCCGAGCUCCUCAAGGAAGUCAAGGCCAUCCCCGGCGUCCAGGACGUGCAGCCGCUCACUGCUAAGCCGCGCGCGAAGAGGGACGAGCUUUAA